GGAAUCGUACUUUGAGUCCAGGAGACAGUACAACCGUCAUGGCCAAUCUCCGGAGAAUCUGCAAUCUCCUCCGGACCUGUGGCCCCCAGGGGCCCGCCUGUGGCCCUCUGUCCCCAUGGAGGCAGUCGGUGGCCCUGCGAUGGUCCUCGCGUUUCUCGGUGGCGCGGCCCCCCCACAGGUGGGCGGAGUUCCGGGGAACCCCCCGGCGGAGCCUUUCGGACAAGAAGUUUAACGCCCCCCUGAGCGCGGAGUUCGUGGCCCGCCCCUCGGGGGUGUGCACUAUGAUGAAGCUGCCCUACCAGGAGUCGGCGGAGGGGCUGGACGCCGCGUUUAUCGGGGUGCCGCUGGACACCGGGACCUCAAACCGACCCGGAGCCAGGUUCGGGCCGCGCCACAUCCGGGCGGAGUCCUCCAUGGUGAGACGAUACAACAUCACCACACGAUCGGCCCCGUACGAGUCGAUCAUGGUGGCGGACAUCGGCGACGUCAACGUGAAUCUGUACGACCUGAAGGACAGCUGCCGGCGGAUCAGAGAGGCCUACCAGAAAAUCAUGGCGACGGGGUGUAUACCGCUAACAAUGGGAGGAGAUCACACCAUCACUUACCCCAUCCUUCAGGCCGUAGCAGAAAAGCACGGUCCGGUGGGCUUGGUACACGUGGACGCGCACACCGACACGGGCGACAUGGCGCUCGGCGAGAAGAUCUACCAUGGGACGCCGUUCCGACGUUGCGUGGAUGAUGGUCUCUUGGACUGCAAGAGGGUGGUCCAGAUUGGAAUCCGAGGCUCCUCCUACAGCGCCGACCCCUACAAAUUCUGCAGAGACCAGGGGUUCCGGGUCGUCUUCGCCGAGGAUUGCUGGUUCAAGUCUUUGGUUCCUCUAAUGUCGGAGAUUCGCCAGCAGAUGGGGGACAAACCCGUUUACAUCUCUUUUGACAUUGACGGAAUCGACCCGUCGUUCGCCCCCGGCACCGGAACACCGGAGGUUGCUGGACUCACAACACACCAGGCUCUGGAGAUUAUCCGCGGCUGCCGGGGAAUGAACAUCGUAGGUUGUGACCUGGUGGAAGUUGCCCCAAUCUACGACCCGUCAGGGAACACGGCUCUGACCGCAGCCAACCUCCUGUUCGAAAUGCUGUGCGUUCUCCCCAAUGUGAAGACCUUCUAAGAACGUUCUGACCGAGACGGGACAGCAGGCGGCGCUCCGACAAGAAGAACACGAAAAAGAAAGGCGCUUUGCUGCAGGAUUCCCAAUCUUUACACAUCGCAAACAAUCCCUGGACCUCCAUCCGAAAAUGAAAAAACAGCCAAUCAGAUUUCGCUUCGCAGAACGCUAAGAGCCGGAAGCGGGUUCUCGGGAACGCACACUGCGCUGUUGUUUUUAUCCUUUUAAAUCUGUGGCUUUGAUUAAAAAAAUAAAACAAAUAAAAUGUAA